UCCAGGGCUGCACUGGAGAGCCUGUGAGCCUGCCGGCCGGGGGCUCCGUGCAGAGUCGGGGGCAGGACGAUGCAGGCCCGCGCCUCCCCGGCUCCUCCCCGCGCCCGCUAACACGCCCGGCACCCGCAGUCCCCUGUCCAGGGUGAGAGCGGGUCCCAAGAUGUGCCGCGGGGCGCUACGGGUGGCCUUGCUCGCCCUGCUGGCCUGCUCCGCUCAGGGGAAGCCGCUGGAGAGCCGGGGGCGAGCAGCAGGCGGGGGAGAUGCCCACCUCCCACGAGGGGGGCCUGGAGGUGAGCAGGAGGCGGGCACCUUCGACCUGAGGAUGUUCCUGGAGAACAUGAAGGUGGAUUUCCUGCGCAGCCUCAACCUGAGCGGGGUCCCCUCCCAGGACAAAACGCGAGCUGAGCCACCCCAGUACAUGAUCGACCUGUACAACAGAUACACCACCGACAAGUCGUCCACCCCCACGUCCAACAUCGUGCGCAGCUUCAGCGUGGAAGAUGCCGUCUCUGUAAUGGCCACAGAAGACCUCUCCUUCCAGAAGCACAUCUUGUUCUUUAACAUCUCCAUCCCCAGGCAUGAGCAGAUCACAAGGGCCGAGCUGCGGCUGCAUAUCUCCUGUCAAAGUCACGUGGACUCCUCUCACGAGCUGAAAGGCAACAUGGUCAUUUACGAUGUUCUGGAUGGAGCAGACGCCUGGGACGCCUCCAUGGGGACCAAGACCUUUCUGGUGUCCCAGGACAUUCGGGACGAGGGCUGGGAGACCUUUGAAGUCUCCAGCGCCGUGAAGCGGUGGGUCAGGGCAGACUCCACCAAAAGCAAAAAUAAACUGGAAGUGACCGUGGAGAGCCACAGGAAGGGCUGUGACAGGCUGGAUAUCAGUGUCCCCCCGGGCUCCAAAAACCUGCCCUUCUUCGUCGUCUUCUCCAAUGACCGCAGCAACGGGACCAAGGAGACCAGGCUGGAGCUCAGGGAGAUGAUCGGCCAUGAGCAGGAGAGUGUGCUCAGGAAGUUGUCCAAGGACGGUCUGGCAGAGGCGGAUGAGAACAAGGACGAGGAGGAUGUGGAAGGCUCCAUGGCUGCGGGGUUGUCUUUAGCCAGACGGAAGAGGAGCGCUGGGGCCGGCAACCACUGUCAGAAGACCUCCCUUCGGGUGAACUUCGAGGACAUCGGCUGGGACAGCUGGAUCAUUGCACCCAAGGAGUACGAUGCCUAUGAAUGCAAAGGCGGCUGCUUCUUCCCCCUGGCUGAUGACGUGACGCCAACGAAACAUGCCAUUGUGCAGACCCUGGUGCAUCUCAAGUUCCCCAUGAAGGUGGGCAAGGCCUGCUGCGUGCCCACCAAACUGAGCCCCAUCUCCAUCCUCUACAAGGAUGACAUGGGGGUCCCCACCCUCAAGUACCACUACGAAGGGAUGAGCGUGGCAGAGUGUGGGUGCAGGUAGUGCCGGCCCACGGGUGGGGGAAGCAGGGUGGAGGGAGGGUCCUAAUGACAGGUCCUAUGUCCCCCUGGGCACAACAGGGACUAGUCCCUCUGCAUGCCAGCCCGGAAAGGAAAGGGAGCCACCACGUCCUCAAGGUCAAGUCCUGCUCUGCCUCUCAUGGCCCAUCUCAAACUCACCCCAAGGGGUUUAACUGCAGGGGAAAGUGAUGGCAAGGGGCGGCGGCCUUUGGGGAGAAGAGGAGAGCCUAGAGGGUUGUUGGGGUAGAAGGGGAGAUGAUGCAAAGGGGACAAGAGAAAAACUAACCCAGAGUCAGCAGAAAACUGAGCAGACAUGAGCCAGAGGAGUAUAGACAGAUAGGUGGUGACUCACAGAUUGAUGGAAAUUAAAAGCGACGAGAAGGACAAGGCUGAUUCCAAUGACCUCAGGGAGUGCGGGGGAAAGGAGGGGACAGUGCUCUACACCCAUCAGUUCACUGAUCCCCACAACCCAGUGAGAUGGCGCUGUGACCCCUAAUUUACACAUGCAGAAACCAAAACUUGGGCAGGUCGGUGCACGGGUCAAAGACAAGAUUCCAACCCAGAGGUCUCCAUCGGUCUGCCCAUCACCAAAGCCCAGGACCUUCCCAAGGGCCCCAUCGCAGCUCAGCAGGUCAGCUUGCAGCUGAAGAACAAUUAGAUGCUGCGAGGUGAGGACUGUGGGGCAAGCUGGAAUGAGACCCGGCCGGCACCCACCAGUGUGGCCGGGCUGCCUGUCACACCCAGGGCACCUUCUGACUGCUGGGUACCUGUGCUGAUUCAGUGGCCAGAUGUUUUUUAAGAUCACCCCUGGAUCACUGAAAAACUACCCCCCAAACCAACGGCAGGAUGGAGAGAGCAGAGGAUGGAAGCCUGCAGGCUGCAGUGCACAUGGUCGCCGGCAGUGCUUUGACCCGUUGGCACAGUGCUCGUGUGGCCACUGGGUCACGCGGGGCCCCUCACCGCCCGUGGACUCAGACUGUGAGGUGGUUGGGAGGGGCGGCACACUUUACCCUGAGGGGUGGGCAGCCUGCAGCCCGUGUCUCUGCAGUUACUCUGCAUAGCCAACUCUCCAGCACAACCCGCCGUGGGCGUCCCUCCCACCAGGCCUGCCUGGGAGAAAGGGCCUGGAUUCGAAUUUGUUGGAAUAAAUGUGCUCUUGCUUUGGCAUUGGCAACAUCCCUGUUUUUACUCCUUGGUGACAUGUACUCAAGUGACGACAUCCAGGCAUACUGGGCGAGGGCUCCUGGCCACUGAAGAACCCGGGUCCUUGUUGGGCAUGGCCGGCUCUGCCUGCUUUGCUGGCUUUCUUGAGUAUUGUGCAUCGCAGCCCCUGUCCCGGGCUUGGGCUGCAGGACUGGACUCAGCCCCCACUGACCCCAAAGGAGGACAGAGUUUCCGUUUCCUCUGCAUUUCAUCCUCUCUCUAGACUCUCGGGGCCGCACAUGGAAUGGGAAUGGAGUGAAGUGAGGAAGAGUCUAGAAGUGGUGAAGAUUCCACUCCACGGCCUUCUCACGCUGGCCAGAGCAGAGCCUUUAGGAGGCCUCGAGACGCCUGGGCCCUUCCCACUGGUUGAAGCUCCCAGUAUAUUAAAUAAAAUGGU